AAUAAUUUAAAAUAACGGCGAAAGCGUUCUCAGAACGAUAUGAAAACCAUAUUAUUGUCGCCCUGUUAUUAUUAACAAAUUAAUCACAAUGAUCUUUUUUUCUCUCUUUCACCUCGCAGUAGGGUGUUCACAAUCUGCAUGAUUCACAGGAAAUAAAACGCGAAGAUAAUUUCAUAAAAACUUAAGGAAGACAAUCAACCGACAAUUAACAGAAUUAACAAAAAUAUCACAAAACAACAAUGGUUACAUAAAACUGUAACCGCACAACCCACGACAUGAGAAAGCUUGUGUGAUCAGAACAAUCCCUGCCAAAAAGUAUCGCGUGCGCACGCGCACCGCCAGCAAUGCUCGCGUUUCCGGUCAGCGGAGGAAUAUAUUAUCUAACGAGAAUUCCUUUUGCCAAAUAUGGAAUGAGAUGAAAAUUACCUUUCAUUUUUAUGAUCAUUUCGCCUUAUUAACUAAGUGCAACCACAAACCUUUUCAUUUCGUUUCUACAUGUCAGCAGUGCGCAAGCGUGAUAAAACUCAAUACGUGUUGAACAGGUUAAAAGAAGAAGUCAUGGAUGUUGAUGAAAAGAAUAUCGAGAAACAAAUCAUCGCCGACAGCAAUGAUGACAAGAAAGUCUGUGCAGAUAACAACAACAGCGACAAUGAAAACAACAACAAAGACAAUCGAACGCCAAAAUGUGCUCGUUGCCGAAAUCACGGAGUUGUUAAUGGACUUAAAGGACAUAAACAUUAUUGUCCAUGGAGAAAUUGUUACUGUACUCAAUGUCAGAAUGUUGUAGAACGACAGAGGAUCACUGCUUCAAGAGUUGCUGCAUUGAGACAACAGCGAAAGUUGAGCGAGACGUAUAGAAAAGAGAUCCAUAGUGUUGAAAAGUUUGAGAAUAUGAAGAAGAAAGAAGAGAAAUCGUAUGUUAGUUUAGACAGCAUCAAAUAUUUCAACCAUGUUGGAUCAUAUGCAAGUGAAAAAAAAGAUUUUCGUCGAAGUGACAGUCAAAGUGAAAGAAGUUCAACUGGCACUCCCGCUUCCAUAUCGCCGCCAUUAUCGCCAUCUUUAAUAUCACCUAAACCAAGAUGGUCGCCAAAACUCAAAUGUCAACAAACAAUUAAAGAACGUCGAAGUCCGUACUCACCUCCGUUAAACACAACCAUACAGUGCCCGGAAAAAAAUUGUUACGAAUGCAUGAAAAUCGCUCGAGCGUGUGAAUUUGAAAAAGACUUGCAGUACUUAAAAAACACGUUUCCUUUGUAUUCGAUACGUUCACUGGAACAAACGUUACUUCGAUCAAAUGGCAACCUAAUGGAAGCCCUACAAGGCAUCUUAUUUACUUUGCGAUCCGAUCCGUAUUAUCAAUCGCUAAAAUCGUCAGUAUGUCGAGAUCCUUUCUGCAAAGAUUGUAUUCUUAAUGAAUAUAAGAUUAAAAAAGGAAAGUUAUUUUCCAAAGAAGAAAAUAUCGAGGACAAAGUUAACAGAAAGGACCCGCCAUCUUUGAUUAAAUAUUGUCGAUCUUGCACCAUGCACAUUGAUAUUAAUGAUAAAUAUUGUGGAAAAUGUGGCUGGAGGCAAUAGUUUUUUAAACACCAAACAACUAUUGAAGUUUUGAUGUUAAACGAUAUAACAAAACUACUCUCUGUUUUCUAAGGAGAGGUAUUCGUGCAUGGAAACAUAUUGCAUGUUGUUGGCUAAACCUUCAUUUAUGAUCUCAUACAGGACUUGUGAACACAGCUGGGUAGUGGGUCACAUGUUGAACUACUGGUUACAAAUUGGAGAUUAUCGAGGCAAAACAUGCAAUUUGUUUCUUUGUAGUAAUUCUGUAUAUAAAAUACCUUGUAUAUAGUAUCUUCUUAAUGUUUGUCUAUAUUGUUAUAUUGCUUUUUUCAAUAGGAUAUAUAAAUAUAUAUAUAAAGAUAGACCACUGGUUAUUAUAGAAAAAAAAAGGUUAUGAAUUAA